GCUAAGAAAUCUCUAUAUAUAUUUCCUCUUACAGUUCUCUCCAAUAUUCAUUUGCUCCAUCCUUUUCUCCAUAAAAAAAGAAAACUCUCUUUGUGGAAGAUCGAAAGUGCUAGCUUUUCAAUAUGAGUUUCAAGCUCUUUCUACUCCUUGGCCUCUUCACCGCCUCAUGCUUAGCUCAGGCCCCUGCUUCCGCGCCCAAAAUUUCUCCCGCCUCCGUGCCAGCGCCGCCGCCCACUAAAACUGCGCCGCUAAAACCGCCUACUCCGUCGCCGACCGCCUCACCAACCACAUCACCGGCAGCUGCUUCUCCCGGACCCUCCGCCACCUCUGCGUCCACCUCUUCCGCACCGGCGCCGGCGCCAGUCCCUGCCGGAAGUUCACCUGCGGAGCAGCCCUCAGCGGAUGGUACUCCGGCGCCAAAUGGUUCAUCCAGGAUCGGAAUGAGCGGCGCCGCCGUUGCCGGAAUUCUCCUCGUGGCAGCUCUGAUGUAGUGCCACGUGUGUGCUAGUUACCACACGUGUUGGGAUUUGGACUGUAGAUUUGUACUUUUAAGGAUUGGACGGAUGAGAUUUAUUUGGUACUAUGUUCGGUUGUGUAGUGGAUUAAAUUAACUUCCUCAUCUUUUUUUUUGCUUUAUUGAUAUCUUUAAUGUAUUUUAGUUUCCAUUAUCAUCACUUUUAUGGGUUUAUUUUCCAUUGUCCAUUUGAUUCUAUAACGGUUUUCACCUUUGUAUAGGAAAUAAUAUCAUUUCAAUAAUAAUAUUUUGUAUUCUUUUUUAAAUGCAGUCUAUGCUUUCCAGGUG